AGCGUGGCUGUGUGUGUGUCAGCCAGUCUUCCACAGUGCUGCCGCCCUCCCCCCGCCCCCAGCCUCGCAGUCAUGGCAACAAAGGGGAGUGUCUUGAGAGUGAGCAGCGCCGCGAAGCUGCCAGCCCAGAACAGAGAAGGAGAGAGGAGUCCUCUCACUGUCUGCAGAGUGCCCUAGUUGCUGACAGUCCACACCCCACACACAGCCAUGAAAGAUUGAAGAGCCGGCCCCUAGCCUAACAGAAAGGAGUCUGGACAGGUGUGUCUUAUAAGGCGGAAUAUAGGUUCCUCAAGCCAGCGAUUGUUUGAGGCAGAGAGAAGAUAGGAGGACCACACAGAGGAGAAGCCAACUGCUGCUGACGGGACCAGGGCCAGGCACAUUACAGGCAUUUGCUCUUCUGCAUUCUUUGAAACCUAUGAAGGAUCUAACUACCACUGAGCAAUAUAGUCCAUUUUCCAACGUCAUUCGUCAUCAACUCCAACCUGAACAGUUCUAAGGACUCUGACCUAAUCAUCGAAAGCAGUACAUGAGUUCUGCACUACAGACUGUUACUGCAGAGAAGGACCUACAGCUAUAGAUGUCACCCUAGGUCAUAAUUCAAGCUUGCUUAGCUUUCCUAUAGGAGACAUCACCAUCUGUAUCACUUCAUUAAUAUUGUGUGAAAUUGGACCUUAUUUCUGAAUUAACAUCUGAUUGUAGCUGUCAAGAGUGAUAUGACUGGUUGUGUUCAGCAUUACAGAUUUUUCAGGGUCAUCGAAUGUAUACCAAGACCUACAUGGCAACAUUCAGCAUAUGUCAUUCAAGUUCCAGGAUUUGGGCUACUUAAGAUUACCAUUUGCUACUACUAUGUAUUGGAAGAAGCUUACACAGUGCCAGCACACACUGAAGACACCUCAAGGUUUGAUCAAACCUUUUAUUAUCUGAAGAAUAUAAACAAAAUGAAGAGACAAGCUACACUGUUUAGUUUUUUCGAUUCAUCCAGAAAGAAAAAAACAAUACAGUCUCAGGAAUUGGACUUGUGUGUAAAUGACAUUAAUAAUAAUGUUGUAGCUAACACUGAGAAGGAUGCUGUUCUUAAUGAAAAUACUAUAUAUGAAAUUGACCAUGAAGUUCCAAUGGAACUGGUUGAUAGGCAUGAUAUUGAAAGUGUUGUUGGCAAUGAUGAUGGUACAGUUUCAGAUGUGUUAACAGUUGAAGAGGCAUGUACAAGCACUAUAUCAUGUUGGUCCAAAAAACAAUUUGAAUAUUUUAGCAAGUUGUUUCCAUGGAUCCAGGUUAAAAAUGGAAAAUUAGGUUGCAAUGUGUGUAGUAAGGUCAGAGGGUCUUUGGGAAUAGAAAAAGCUAAGGCAUGCCAUGUUUCAGAGGAGUGGAGUAACUUUUUAGUAAAACCAAGUGGCACCCUCAAAUUGAUUCAGCAGGCCUCUGUUCGCAAAAAAAUUAGAGAGCACAGUGUUUCUAAAUCUCACAAUAAAGCAGAGAAACUUCAGAAUACCGCCAAAAUUGGCAUAUUAACAACAGCAAUGGACAGGCUCAAUGAGAAAGCUAUAGCUGCGACAAUUCAUAUUUUUAAUAUAGUAUACAGUUUAGCUUUAAAUAAUAAGCCUAUGGCUGACAUAGAAGGAGAAGUUCAAUUGCAGAAAAUUAAUGGUGUGGAUGUUGGAGUAGGCCUUCACUCAAGGAAAACUGCCAUUACGAUAAUUCAACAUAUAUCCUCACAAAUAAGGAAGGCUUUAUUUUCUAAAAUUGCCAGUUGUAAGAGCAAAUUAUGUGUCAUAAUUGAUGAAUCCUCAACUGUGGCACAGAAAAGUGUUUUAGUCAUCUAUAUUCGUUGUGAGCUUUCAACACAUCAGGAUCCUGUCAAUGUAUUUGUGGAUCUUAAAGAGCUUGACUCAACCACUGCUGAGGUGAUAACUGAAACACUUUUCAACUGCUUAAGUGAAAAUGGAUUUGAUAAAGAUUAUUUACAAGAUAAUCUGAUAGGAUUUUGCUCAGAUGGUGCUAGUGCAAUGCUAGGUAGCAAGUCUGGGGUUGCAUCUAGAAUUGUAAGAGAAUUUCCAAACAUAGUCAUAUGGCACUGUUUGAGCCACAGGGUUCAACUUGCUCUUGAUGAUGCAAUUAAUUCUGUAUCCCAAGUUAAUCACUUUAAAAUGUUCCUAGAAAAAAUAUAUAGCAUAUAUCAUGUAUCUAACAAACAUCAGUUAGAGCUUCAUAACAUAGCAGCAGAUCUAGAGUUGGAGAUAGUAAAGAUUGGUAGAAUCCUAGGUCCUCGGUGGGUGGCUUGUAGUGCUCGUGCUGCCAAGGCAGUAUGGAGAGCGUAUCCAGCUCUGUAUAAGCACUUUUCGAAUUAUAAGAAUUUCUUGGGAAUGAAGAAAAAAAUGGAAAACUUGUGUUUCCUAAAAGAUCUCGCUUUAAUGAUCGAAAUUCUUGAGGAGCUCUCCCUUUUAUCCCUUGCUUUACAAGACCGGGAUGUUUCUCUUGUCAAAGCAGACAGACUUCUUUGUCGGUGUAUUAGGGCCCUUAAAAACCUAAAAGAAAAUCCAGGGAAGCAUGAAGUUCAGAUUGAUACAAUGAUUAGAACAGAGCCAUUUAAAGAUAUUCCUUUCCAAGUGAGUGCUAAAAACACUGGUCUUCCAAGAGCACAGUUAAUUCAGAGCGUAAUAGACAAUAUGAAAAGUAGGUUGUUUUCCACUGCAAAUACAAGACAAAUGGACAGUGGUACAGUUGUCCAAAACGCAAGCCGCUACAAAAAGUUAUUGUCCUUGUUCUCUUUACUUGAACCCAAUUCUUGGCCAUCUGACCUCACACUAUCUCCGUGGCCAGAAGGGGAAUGUCAAUUAAGACAGUUAAAUGAACUGAUAAAAUGUAACAUUCCAGUUAAUGAUUUCCGGGAUUACAUAGACAACAGAUAUUUUUCAGAUUGCAGCCUGCCACCCUCUAUUCAACAAGCCAAGAAAAUUAUUCGGGUCAUAGCUGUCAGUAGCGCUGAAGCUGAAAGAGGAUUUAGUAUCAUGAAUAACAUUGCCACACAUGAAAGAAGCAGACUUACAGUUUCUAAUAUAUCACAUCUUAUGACAAUCAAAAUUCUUGGCAAACCAAUAUCAAGCUGGGGUCCGGAAAUAUAUGUUAAGUCUUGGUUACGGAGAAACCACCACACUGCCACAGACCUCAGAGUUAAAAAAAAGGCAGCCAAACAAUACGAUGAAAAUUCCACAGCUAUUUGGUCUUUGUUUUAAUGGGAUAGCAAUGGAGUUUAUUUGUGACACUAAAACAAGCACACCGUAGCUGCAGGAGUGACGUCACGAGCCGGCUCCAGAACGCGCGCACGCGAUCCCUUACCACUAGCAGUGCAGCGCUACCGGCCAGGGCGCUAGCAGCAUAAAAUAAGUUUCUCCCACAGCAUAGCCGCUAGUCAGCUGCAGCAAAAAUCUAACCCUGAGGUGUGCUUUGAUCGGGCACACAGCGUAAAAUCAGGUAAUACAGCUGUAUAGACCAGAUCUAAGCAUUUGUACAGUCUUUAUCUGCAGUGGUGGUUUGUUUUCCUUGUUUUUGGUACUGGUGGUUACCACGUGUGCAAAUUCUGGAGUUUAUUUGUGGCUUGGGCAUUUCCUCAUUGCCUGCUGAUAUAAUCUCUGUAGAAAGUGGCAGGUAAUAGUUCUGAAAGAUCUCAGUUCUUCUCCCUUUCAUUAUAUGCUAACACCUGACAACUUGUGUUUAUGGAUCACUAUAUUCAGCUUACCUUAUGCUUGUUCAUCCUUAUAUAUGUAAUCAGCGGUAGUUAUCCUUCAUAGGCACUUAUCCUACCACACCACAUUCAUGUACCCAGCUUGGCCCUUGGGCAGUUCAUUUCAUGUAUUCAGCUCAAUUUUUGGGUGUGUGAUUUAACCGUUCAGUUUCUUUUUACAUGUAUGUAUUCAGCUUGGCCCUUGGGCAUUUAACCUUAUGUACUCAGCUUGACUUCUGGAUAUGUAAUGUAAUGUAUUUUCAUACAUAUAUUUGUAUCCCACCAGGGUGGUGCUUUUUCUUUCUCUGUCCACCUUGUCUCUUUAACAAUGUUGAUAUUUAGUACCAUUUUUAACAUCGAAUGUGCUCCAGUUAUUUUAUAGUUUUUUUUUGCUGUGUUUAGGGAGCAUACACUCUAAUUAAUCUUCUUUGAGUAGUCCUGUAAGCCCGGCCACAACUAUUUAUGUUGCGCCAUGACUAAUGGCAGUUUAGGCAUGUGGGUUUAUUUUGCAUUGGUUUUCUCUGUAUUAAUGACUGGGAGUAGCAGAGCUGAGACCUGGUUGUAGCUUGGCCAGUCCUCAGUUCUUCUCCCUUUCAUUACAUGCUGACACCUGACAACCUGUGCAGCACUGGAGAGUCCAGUAGAUCUAGCUGGUGAAGUGUACUGCAUGGCAUGUCUGGUGCCACCAGGUAAUGACUGGGAGUAGCAGAGCUGAGACCUGGUUGUAGCUUGGCCAGUCCUCAGUUCUUCUCCCUUUCAUUACAUGCUGACACCUGACAACCUGUGCAGCACUGGAGAGUCCAGUAGAUCUAGCUGGUGAAGUGUACUGCAUGGCAUGUCUGGUGCCACCAGGUAAUGUCUGGGAGUAGCAGAGCUGAGACCUGGUUGUAGCUUGGCCAGUCCUCAGUUCUUCUCCCUUUCAUUACAUGCUGACACCUGACAACCUGUGCAGCACUGGAGAGUCCAGUAGAUCUAGCUGGUGAAGUGUACUGCAUGGCAUGUCUGGUGCCACCAGGUAAUGACUGGGAGUAGCAGAGCUGAGACCUGGUUGUAGCUUGGCCAGUCCUCAGUUCUUCUCCCUUUCAAUGGAUGCUGACAGAUUUUCUGUAUGUAAUUUUACUGUUGUUUCCAAACCAUUAUCUUUAACUUUCUUUUGAUGAUACAUCAUCAGCCAGCUUUAGUUUUUGAUGGAAUUCUGUCAAUGUGUUCACUAGAUAUCACAUACUUGAAAUGGCACAUAAUGUUUGUGUUGUA